AUGAAUUCGGAGCACACAAUGCAGAUGCCAUCUGGGCCGCCGCCUCCAUCGCAGAGAAGUACGGGCGGCGACUUCAGCGGGGAGAGGGAGAGUUACGGGUCGGCCGGGAGCAUGGGAUAUGGAACCAUCCCGAACUCGUCCAGCAACAGUUACGCUUCUUUUGGCGUUCUAUCGACACUAUCCACAGGAGCAGGGACUCCCACAUUGCCGUUGCUUUUGCCCGCGCCGCCUUCCACCAGCACGUUCAAGACGACGCAGCUGCUGCCGAUGCCAACGCUGGAGGACAUUGAAGUGGCCACACAGCAGCCACAGCAGCCACAUCAAGCACCGCCACCACCACCACCAGCCGGCAUACUUAAAUACCCAACACCAUCAAGCGUUGGCUAUGUCAGUGAACUCCUGGCACCGCCAGUGGCCCCACCAUUGUCCACCAGCGCCAGCAGCUCCAUCAACAGCAACUGUGGCACGCUCAAGAGCAAUGCCAAGCUGUUGCCCCUUCAACUGGUUGCCACCACGGCACCCUCCCGCAAGGAACCCUCCCUGCCGCCGACCUCUUCAGCCGCCCCAUCGCAGUCGCAGCAGCGUCAGCGACGUCAGGGCUGGUGCGCCUGCUUCGGCUCCGGUCCGAACCCAUCCGAGGCCAAGACACCACCGGGCUAUGCUACCAAGUCCAAGAAACGCAAACAAGCUGCACAGACUGUUUGGUCUGCGCUCCUCACAAAUCUCGGCAUUUGCAUGCUUCUCUUGGCCUACACCCUACUUGGCUCCUUCAUAUUCCUGACCAUUGAGAACGAGGACUCGGCACUGCUGCAUCAACAGCACACGCUGGCAUCCACGAAGCGCAACAUGGCAAAUGGGAACAGCAAUGGUAUCUAUCAACAGCAAAGGUCGUCGCAUCAACAGCAACAGCAACCACAACAGCAACAGCAACAACAGCAGCAACAACAACAGCAACAACAUCAUCAACAUGGACAGCACACGGACAAUGAUACGGUGGCUGCUGCAGUUGCCCAGGGUCAGGAUUUGGCUCAUGACAGAAAUAAUGGCGUCUAUGGCCCGGCAUCGAAUGACUUUGUUUAUGGCAUAGAUGAGACAGAUGUGGAUGGGGCCGGUGGGGGGCAGUCACAGUUUGCCCUAUCGCCGGAUACUUAUGAUGUACGACAGCGGACCAUUGAGAAUAUCUGGGACAUAACCGUAUCCCUCAAUAUACUGUACAAGGAGAAUUGGACAAAAUUAGCCGCACUUGAAAUUGCCAAGUUUCAAGACCAAUUAAUCAAGAGACUGAACGAGGAUGUUAUGCUGCAAUUAUCACACGACGAUGUGGCCAACAGCCAUACUGGACCCGGCUCGGCAGGACCAUCAUCAUCAUCAUCAUCAUCGUCAUCGUCGGGCAACAAUCCGGCCACGGAAGCUGUGCUCUUGCACACACACUAUCAUCAUCAUCGGCUUGCCGGAGGCGGAGUGGGAGGACCACCACAUGAGUGGAAUUUCGCUAAAGCGUUUUUGUAUUCGCUAACCGUUUUGACCACAAUUGGUUAUGGCAACAUUGCACCUCGUACAGCGCUUGGACGGAUCGUGACGGUUGCGUAUGCCUUCUUUGGAAUACCCCUGACCCUGGUCUAUCUGAGCAGUACCGGCAGCAUUCUGGCCAAGGUGGCGAGAGAGGUGUUCUCCAAGGCGCUGUGCUGUUGCCUGUGCUCCAACUGUGGCUAUUGUUGCUACGACGAGAAGCGAAUGGCGGAGAAGGAGCGACGGAUGAAGAGGAAGCGACAGCAGGAGGAACUGCGCAAACAGCAGGCGGUGAUGCAGGAACCUUACUACGUUCGGGAUGUCUACCAUGCCACGCCCGAGAAGCAACCAGGCGGUGGUGGAGGCGGUGGCGCUGGCGGUGGUGGCGGUAGUACCGGGACACCCACAGGAAUACCCGACAUCGAUUCGUUGAGCGCCAGUGAAUCGCGUGGUUCCAUGCACGGCUUGAGCAUUUUGGCACCCAUAUUGCUCUGCUUCUCCAUGAUGAUCAUCUAUAUUGUCUUCGGGGCAGCGGUGCUUUAUCGCUUGGAGAAUUGGCCCAUUAUCGAUGGCAUCUAUUUCUGCUUCAUGAGCUUGUCGACAAUUGGAUUUGGCGAUAUGCUGCCAAGCUUGCGACGUGAAUCAAAUGCCACCACUUGGUUCUGUUCCGUUUACAUCAUGUCCGGCAUGACACUGACCGCCAUGUGUUUCAAUGUCAUCCACGAGGAGAUCGUCCAUCGCAUCCGCAUUGUCGUCGAGUUCAAAAAGGCGGGCGCUGCGACUGCAGCUGGCGGACCCGGUGGCUCAAUGAUGGAUCUAGCGCACGAGGAGGAUACGCCCACAUCGCUGGUCCUUAAGGAUUAUGUGAAUCAUGAGCUAGUUCCCAUACUGACCAUGGAUCCGAAUGCUCGUCUAGCUCCUGUCUAUACACCUAUACCCGCACCGACAGCAAAUCCGGCGGAUGCCCAUGGCAGCGAUAGCAGCAGCUUUGCUAACCAGCUGAGCAGUCCCCUCCUGGAAGGACUCAAUCCGACGAGCAGCGGACAGACGCCAACGCAAUCGCAAUCUCAAUCGCAAUCGCAAUCUCAAGCGCAGGUCAAAGGUGUCUAUACGCUGGCCGAGGAGACGGAAUUGGAGCUGCAGGCGGUGCACACAGAGACGCAAGUGGAACGCGUCUAGGUGCCGUACAGUAUUAAGUAGCAUUAGGAUUAGUCCUUAGACAAGUCAAGAUUUUUUUUUUUCUGUGGGCAAAGACCCGAUAAAAAAAAAAAAGCAA